AUGAUGCCUAAUAUCAACGAUAUUAGCAUUCUAUUUACCGACGGACAUCCGUUAUAUCCGUCUGUUGUAAGAAAUUUAAAUUUUAGGCAUCAUAUAAUUAAUCAUUCUGAAGGUUUUAGGUCAGGAGAUGGCGCUUAUACAAAUAAUAUCGAAGGGCUUUGGGUAAUAGAAAAAUACUAUGAAAAAGAAAAUGGCGUUUUUCGUGACCAUAUCGACGCCUGUUUAAUUCAGUACACAUUUAAGCGAAGGUAUAAUUUACAUAAACGCGAUAAAGAAUUUUUUAAAUUAUUUAUUCAUAUUUUUAAGACUCUUUUUUGA